AUGACAGCAGCAACUGCUUUUAUGCUUUGUUACUGUUUCAUUCCACAUCCAUGGUAUAGACCAUGUCUUCGAUUUGGAGCACCUCCAUUGGCCACCAGAGCAGGAACUAUGUCGGUGGCUUUAUUCCCUUUCGUUUACUUACUUGGUGGUAAAUCAAAUUUCAUUUCAUUCUUCACAGGCAUAAGUUAUGAGAAGCUUAAUGUAUGGCAUCAAUUUGUUGGCUUAUCCAGCUUUACACUUGCAAUUAUUCAUACUAUUCCCUGGGUCUACCAACCAUUCACGGAAUCAGGACUCAAAUCCAUUCCAUCAGUUCAUAUUAAAUUUUACAUAACAGGAGCAAUAUUACUUGCAAUGCAAGCAUGGUUAGUUCUUGCGUCAAAGGUUCAAUUCAGAAAGUUAUGUUAUGAAGCAUUUGUCAAGAUGCACAUAAUUAUUGGAGUCCUUUUCAUUCUUGGAAUGUUUGCCCAUUUCUAUGUUGAUACGAGAAUACUAUCCUACUUGAUCGCAAGUGUUGGGUUCAUAUUUCUUCAAACAUUGUACCGUAUGUCAUUUAAGACGUACUUAAAACCUGGGAAAUAUUUCUUUAAACCAAGAAGUGCUUACAUCAAAGUGUUACCAUGUGGAGAGGCCAUGAAGGUUACUAUAAGUAACACUGAAGGCUAUUAUUGGAAACCAGGUCAACAUUGUUUUCUCAGAUUCGGUAACAUGAAAACCAGCAAGAAAGUUCAAAACCAUCCCUUUUCCAUUGCAUCAGUUAAGACUAAUUCUCAUGAGAACGAUAUGUCGUUUAUAAUUGUUCCAGGCAAGGGCUUAACUCGUGAUUUGUUUGAGGAAGUUAAAGUCAGCUCACAAAUCACCAAGAAAUGUUAUCUUGACGGACCUUACGGAGGCACCAUAAGAGAUCCUCUUGCAUUUGAUAGAAUAUUUGUAAUGGCUACUGGUAGUGGAGUUACAGCUACUUUACCAUUUGUAUCACAUUUUGCCAAUAGUCUUUCAAGUGGGAAACCUAUGGCCACUAAAUCAGUGCAUUUUAUAUGGGUCAUUAGAAAAGAAGUCACUGUGGGGUGGAUCCAAAAUGAAUUAGCCAGAUGCAAGGAAUUGGCAGGAGAUAAGUUGAAAAUUGAUAUCUAUUUAACCUCUCGCAACAAUAUCAAUACAACCAUUACCAAAUAUAAGGAAGGGAUAAUCACACCAUUCUCUGAUAACAAUAAGGAUCUUGAUUCUGAAUUGACUACCAAAAAGUCGUUUGAAACGGAAGACUUUGUAUUCCAAAGUAAUGCACUGGCAGAAUCCAUAGCGUUACCUGAGAAGUUACAUACUAAAACAUUCUAUGAUGAAGCUACAUGUUAUUCCAUCGAACCCUAUCAUAAAUUGGCGAUCUCAAGUUUUGCCAACAUCUACUAUACCCGGCCAUCUACAGUAGAACUAGUGGAACAAUGUAAGCUUGGACCAAAAAACUUUAUUGUCGUAUGCGGGAACAACACCUUCAAACGAGACAUUGCGAAUACCAUUGCAUCUUUUCAGAAACAAGUUCUUGCUCGUAAGAAUGGGUCUUUUGUACAAGAGAUUUACCUUCAUACAGAGUCCUUUGGAUGGUGA